AUGCGCUCGAACAACGAGGGAUUGGAGGACUUAGGGCCCAAUCAUGAUGAAGUGUCAGAUUCAUUCGGAUGGGAGAUCUAUAAAGAAAUUGCAGGUCACGAGCAGCAAUGGCACUCAGAAGCUUCAGAAAGGAUGACGCCUUCACAACCGAUGGCUUCACAACCGAUGGCUUCUCAACCGAUGGCUUCUCAACCGAUGGCUUCUCAACCGAUGGCUUCUCAACCGAUGGCUUCUCAACCGAUGGCUUCUCAACCGAUGGCUUCUCAACCGAUGGCUUCACAACCGAUGGCUUCACAACCGAUGGCUUCACAACCGAUGGCUUCACAACCGAUGGCUUCUCAACCGAUGGCUUCACAACCGAUGGCUUCACAACCGAUGGCUUCUCAACCGAUGGCUUCACAACCGAUGGCUUCUCAACCGAUGGCUUCUCAACCGAUGGCUUCACAACCGAUGGCUUCUCAACCGAUGGCUUCACAACCGAUGGCUUCUCAACCGAUGGCUUCUCAACCGAUGGCUUCUCAACCGAUGGCUUCUCAACCG